ACCAGUAUAAUAAAAAUAUAUACAAUAUAGUGAAUUAUUCUUCACAGGUUUUAGUUGUAACGCCAUACGAGAAAAUGUCAAAUAAAAACGUUCCCGACAUUAAUGACGAAGAAGAGGGCAUAGAUACAGACAAGCCACUGCUACAGUUAGAACAAUACACAUUUACUGGGGAAUAUGAGGACACACUAGGAACAGGGCUAGUAUUUGAAGAAAGAGACAAAUCAGAAGCCAGCCAAUUAAAGGAAACAAGACAAAAUAUAUUACAUCAUUUGUUAGGAGAAGAUAGUAUUAAUACAGCAGUUGAUUUAGAAUUUUCUCAUGCUGUCAACAAAAAACUUAUCAUGAAGCGAGCAUUUCUAACACCAGAGGAUGAGACUGAUGGAGAACCAUCAACUUCAGAUACAGUUGAGAAUGUAGAUAUGACAGCAGAAGAUGAAAGUUCAAGGACAAGUACAGGUCCAGACGGAUGAAAUCUAUUAAACUCAAAGGCUGUCAAAAGUGCCGAUCUGUAUUUAUGAUUUGCUAUGUGAGAAGUGAACAAGGACAUAACAUUUGAGAAAUAUUGAAAUACAUAGUUGAAGACAAUUGUAUCAUCACUAUGUUCUUGAAAUAAAUCGAAGAUCUGACUGAA